CUUUAUGUGUCGAUAAAACGAGCGUAUCAUAUAUCUAAUGCAUGAUAUAAUAAGAGCGCGUACUUUAGUGGGACAGAUCAAGUGUAUAUCCGUUUAAAUCACAACAACUGAGUGUAAAAUUUUUGAAUGAUGACUGUGCUAGAAAUAAAUAUUUGAAGGUAGUUGCUGCAAAGUUUCGUUAAAAAAUGGCAUUAAUACGGUUUGAUUAGAGUUCCGAACACGUCGCGCUAUGCGGCCCAGAUGUUCGAGUGAGACGAACGGCAGGGCCUGAACAUGAAGGAGCUUUUCCGCAUUUACAAGGACAGGUUCCCCAUGCUAGGGGUCAUACUUGAGGGAUGGUACGGCGACACGCGCUUUGAUUGCUAUGACAACCUGCAGGUGAGGCGGCGUGCACAUAACUAAUUUUGCUUGAUGAGGGUGAGGAUUACCUCCAAAUUUGAAGCAAGCUCUAACGGAAUACUGACUAAAAAUACAUCUAUAGAAAGCGUUUUGAAUAAAUACAUUUUACACCAUUAAGCAAAACACUUAAAUCUGUAACCUUAUAUUGUGUUUCGUGUUUUUACAUAUAUUAUUUUUACACACAUAUCUUGGGAUUGUGUAGUAAAUCCCCGGGUACAUUUACUUAAUACGUUUUAUAUUGAAUUCGUACAAAAAGACACUGAUUUAAUAAGAUAAAGAUCACUUGCGUCAAUAAGAACUGUAAAAUGAUAAAUAUAUAUUGAAUAUGAGCCCAUGUCUGAGGUAAUUGAUGCAGCUCAGCAGUGAUCUAGUGGUAACGUAGUAUCUUCUCCCUCCAGGGGCGUAGAUUCGAUCUGACGAUACACCGAAUCUUUUUUCUCCCCACAUGCAUACAUUUCUAGAUGUUUCAAACCGAGCAAGCUCUUAAAUACUCAAUGUAUAUUCCGAAACGGGCAUCUUCUGCAUUUUGCAUCCUACCCCGUAGCAACCCAACACAACUUCUAUAGGCGACGAAAAUAAUGCGAAAAUGUAAAUGGCAUGAAUGAGCACAUGGUGCGUACAUCCAAUGUGAUACACAUACUAUGAAUUGGCUAAAAAAUGCUGAAGUCUAUGUAUAUGUGACAAACUAGAUAUCUUUUCUAUUUAUUGAAUUCCACAAUUGCAGUUGUAAUAAUAAACAUUUGCUAUUUGCAGUCAAUAUUUAAUUUUACUUCCUGGUUUUAUCGUCCUGUUUACAUUGUUACAUGCAUAACAAACAAUCGCUAUUCACUGAUCGACUAUACAAGUAUCUCAUUAACUGUUAAAGACACUUCAAUACUCCGUUGUUGAUGACGGAAGUAAUACUGGCGGUGUCAUUAGCUGUUCAAUAAGCUAACUCAACUCCACCUUAACGCUUUUGCAGUAUACAAGCAAAUGCAGAGACAAAUGUACGCUAUGAUAUUGCUACAGUUGUUAACACAUAGGUCUUGUUAAAGGUCCUUCUCUUGGUGCAUUGAAGUAAUCCUUGCGCUCGAACGUAACAUUUAAGCAAGCUUCCUAUUCUGCAAAAAUGUUUCUAACAAUCGUCUGGAGUAUGCCAGCAGUCUAACAAACAUGCUUGACAAUAACGAAGUUUUCAAAUACUACUUCGUUUCGUUUUAUUAAAAAAUUACGCAAAUAUGCAAAACUAUCGGUCGACCAGGUUUGAAAGUACGGCUUUUAUGUUGUAGUGACCGUUAAUAAGAACAGAGAGAAAUAACGUAUGCUUGUUAUGGUAUUUAAUAACAUUAAAUAGACAACAAACUGCAAUAUUAAUUUAAACGACUUUUUCAAAGUCAAAACGCACUUUUAAUUAGAUAUGACUUCAGGCACUCAUCAUUCUCAUUGUACAAUCAUAUAUAAGUGUAGUUGUAGUAAAUUUGGUUGAGUGUUGUGUGUUGAUAACUUAUAUCAAUCGGGGUGUUGUGCAAGUGUUAACAAUAGCGCGAUGCGAAUCGAAAAAAUCAACUUUAUUAAUUACCACUGUUUUUAUUGGUUAUAAUUUUAUAUGUGCUCACAUAUUCUGAUACAUUUGAUUAGUUCGGCCCCUUUCCGUAGGUGGUUCGGAUCCAUUGCUACUCUUCACAGCCACGGGUAGUUUUCCGCGACUCAAACUCUCCGGACUUCCGGUUUCUCACACUUCCUGUAGACCGUCAGGUCAAGUUCCAGUUGGUCAUGGGCCCCAACAAGUGUAGUUUAAGAAAAUGUAGCAAAAAAUGAGAUAUAAUAUCAUAUUAUUUAUAAGUUUAUAAUAUAAGCAAUAACUGAAAAAAGUAGCACGUGUUUCCAGACAGAUGAUGCUAAUAUCUUCAAAAAAGGAAAACGAUAACUUCUUACUGUCAAUAUCUGCAAAAUAUCAUGUAAAAAGCAAAUCAAGAUCUGUUAUCGCACUGACUAUAAAUAGGUUGAUAAGCAAAAUACUAAUAACUGCGCAGUUUCCAACAUGUGCAAAAUUAUAUCUAUUCAAACUUACGAAUACACUACACUACAAAUUAUACUACUAACUUUAUGAUGUGCCUAUGUCAAUAUUUAUAUAUAUAUUUUGUAUGCGAUUCCUUCUUAAAUGCCGUGUAGUUGUAAUAGUUGCUUUUAAUCGAAUCGAUAUGUCAAGUAAAUUACCGUAACGAACUAUAAAUGCCAGUAUUUCCUACUUCAGAUAGCUAUUAUCUUGUUGCGGUUUAAUAAUACAUCGAAAGGUUAUACGUUUAAAUAUUUCACAGCGCUUAACUACACACAUACCAGCCACCACAUGACUUCUCCAAACUAACUGUAUAAAAAGUUCAUGGUGGAAGGUUGCGAUGUGUUCAAUUACAUAUCUUUAAAGAUUUGACCUCAAUAUGGAUUUUAUUUGAUUCCGCCAUGAAGACUCGUUAAAUACUUACAGUAUCAAUUACAGUAAGACUACCUAUAUUUUUCUUGAUGAUGUUCUCCAUAUAAAAUGGACGUUGUUAGUGUUCCCCUUGCCAGUUGGAAAUAUUAAGUCCAUGGAGUUCCUUCUCGAUAACCACGAGUUGCCGUUCCUGGUGAAGCUGGCGUGUCACGAAGACCAUCAAUUCAACAUCGGAACCACCCGAUGUAGCGCGAGCUCGUUCGGAAACCUUCUCAUUACGGAGAAGUACCUUGAACACUAUUACAUGGUGAACUGCAUUGAUGGAGCAGGUAACUAUUAUUGACUCAAAUUUUUCCAGAGUCGUUGAAUCUUACGAUGUUGCUUAAAAUUCUACCCGCACCUGAAACAGGUCCGUAUUUCGAGACGUCUUAGAAAAAAGACUUUAGCUAAGAACAAGGUAUAUUUGGUUGUUAAGCCGAUAUCAAUAAUCAUAAAAUUUGCCUUUUUAUAUGGUCAACAUAGACCUGUUAUGUUUUUGCUACUAAGGUGACAACUCUAUCGGCCUAUGAUUAGAUUGAACAAGCACAACCUUACCCUAAGCCACAACAAGUUUUUUAAUGAGAAUCGAUUUGAACACUAUUUAGCUUGUUAAAACAAAAAUAAUAACGUUUCACGAAAGCCCUUUGUUUUACAUACUAUAUCUGCCAAAGAAUGAUAAUUCGAUUAAACACAUAUCUUUUUAAAGGCCGUUUCAUUUUUUGUAUAUUUUGUAUGUGUCAUUUUAACCUUGUAAACACAAAGACAAUGUUAAACUUUGAUGUGAAUACGAUAAAUAGUACUGAAGUGUUAAACCAAUAUGUUCGUUUUAUAAAAAAUAUAUGGGGUUGUAAAAAUGAUAAAACGACCAUUCAGCUUUUGUAUGAUAAAAGAAGAAAUAGCACGUGAUAAAAUAGUCUGUACUGACUAAACCAGAAACCAAGACUUUUCAUUUAAAAGAGAACGUACACCGAAUUAGUAUUUUACUUGUUUCGCUUUAAACACUGUCUUUCAUUUUGAUUACAAUCAUAAAAAAGUUUGCAUUUUGUAUAAAAAUAAAGCAUUAAUCUUGUGCAAAACUUCUAAUUUCAUGCAUCUCAUCUAACAGCUUCAUAUAAUAAAUUGACUCGCAGUAAAUAAGUCGUUAAAUUCACAGGGCUCCUUAUAUUAUUGCGUUUUGUACAUUGCAUUUAAGUCUUUUUCUGAUUGGGUGUAAAACUGAAUGCUCACUUAAUAAGAAUAUCAAUAGUGAAAUAUUAAAAAGAAAACAUUGUUAAAAAUCUCAAUAAACUCGCCAGACAAUUAGCAGUUGUCAUCAGCUCUACGUUUCGGUUGGUAACACGCCGUGUGCAACCUUAUGAAAACUUAAUUCUAAUAUCAACAUGGGGCAGGAUCAUCGGGUAUCUCAGAGGUUUACACACGGGCUGGGCACAUCGUUUAGAAAUGUAUUUUUGCAAAUAUCUCAAGUUAUUGAACUUUCUUUGAAAAAAUCUUUAGUGCAUAAAAUCCAGUUUUUCAUGCAGUUUGUGCCGAUACUUAAGAUUUAAGAAUAGAUUCUUGAAUAUGCCAAAAUCGGUGACAAAAUUUCACGAUGCGUGCAGCAUGACCGUGUAUAUGAAUUCAUCACACAUCGAAUUUUUGGCCAAGAAGACAGGCUUAUAAAACAAAGUCCUUCCGAUGUUUUUCACAUUGCCAUAAUCCGCAUAAAAACUGUAUUUUAUGCAUACAUUUAAAUUCUGCACACAAAACAAUCACCAGUUACCGGUGUGUUUACAUCCAUUAAUAUCCAUUUGUGAACCCCAUAAAGUCACGUGAUCCUGCACCCUGAUUAAGAAUCUGCUUUAAAUUAAACUAUGGAGUAUGGUACACGAACCAAAUGAAUAAUUAUUAAAUCAUCCUUAUUUUGUAGAAUUCAACUUAUACGCAUAUUUCGAUAAUAGAUCUAUCCAUGUUCAAAUGAUACAACGACUCGGAACAUCUUCCUCAUAAACGAUGUCUUUAGUUGGCAAUAGUUCUUUCUUCUGUUUAUAUUAGAACAAUACAAACGUUUCCAUAAAUAUUGAAUUGCCACUAUAGACGUUUCCCCUGAAGGGUAUAUUUAACCGUUCUAUAUAACCCGAACAAAAAUAUGGUGUCCACUUACAGUUAAAUAAGACUUGGUGUCUCUUACAAACUAAUAUACAAUUUCAAUACAAAUGUGUGCAAAGCUUAAGUUGCCAGGUUUGGUCUUUUUCAGAUUUAAAGAUGAACCAAUAGUGAACCUCAUUUACCUGACAGAAAACCUGUCGAUGGCCCCUGUCACAGGCCUAAAGAACCGCCCUAAGGCGGACUAUGACGCGUAUAUGGGCAAACUUGACAAAGAAGCGGCGGGAAUCAUGUAUGACAGAACAAUUUGUAAGCCAGAUUUCGCUGAGUACGAUACUCGCAAGAUUGACCCUAUGACGGGCGACGGAGGCAUACCUACAAUUGACCCUCCUGCCACUCCCGGUCAGAUUUUGGAAGAGGAUGGUGACUAUACUGAGAUUCUUCCUGAGCUGCCGACCAGAUCAAAGCCCCAGUUGGAACCACAAUCAAAGGCAACACAAGAUCCGGCCCAUAAAGACCCGGCACAUAAAUAUUCGGAACAGAACGAUCCGAAAAAUAAAGAUCCGACACAUAAAGAUUCGAAACAAAAAGAUCCGAAGCAUAAAGAUCCGAAACACGAAGAUCCGAAACAUAAAGAUCCGAAACAUAAAGAACCGAAACAUAAAGAUAAACCUGCAAAGGCGGAGAAGAAACCCGCGCCUGUGUGCGCUAAGAAACCAAAGCCUCCUCCAGCAGUCCAGUCACCUCUUUCCGUGGCGGUGAAUGUAAGCGUCGAAAACAAUCCGGAUCUUCCGGCUCGCAGGCCUCUACCGCCCCCGAGCAACGCGCCCCUGUGCAAACAAGGGGCGGUACCGUAUGUCAACACGUCCGUUGGCCGCGCAACAGUUCGUCCUUUCCCGAAAAAUAAUAUGGAGCCGGCAGUAAACGACGUCACUGAUGACGCUGGUUCUUACGAACUUGUUGGAACGGCAGAUGCAGUGUACUCAGAGGCUUAUUGUGACGUCAUAACUGUCUCGAAGGAAAGUGAAAACACGAGUCAUAUUUCGGCUGGAAAUUAUGUGAAACUGGGUAUGUCAGCGGUGACGCCUUUUUCUUACCUGAUGACACAGAUAUUGAAUACAGACACUAAGAAUCAAGACAUUAAGUCAAUCAACAUGGAAAAAAUUAAAACUUUGACAAUUAAUGAAAUAGGCGAAAUUUUAAGGCUUCUGAAACUCGACGAAUACGUAGAAACAUUUCUAGAUAACCAAGUAGACGGUGCCAUUUUGACGAGUCUCGAACGUGAUGAUUUGGUGAACGAGUUGGGGAUGAAGAAACUGCAUGCGGCGAGACUAUUUAUGUACAUGUCUGAGGGACACAUCCCAAAGUGAUUUCAUUCCUGCAUAUGCGUUUCGUUUGUGAUUCACAUUACGCGGAAUGCAAAUAAAUGCAACUUACUCAAUACCCAGUUUAUAAUUAAAAUCUGUUAGCCUAAAGCCAUUAUCAAAAUGAAAGUGAAGACUGUACACAGAACAUAGAAAACAUUAAUUGUUGUAUUGCAUCAUUUUGUUACGCAAUUGUCAUGUUCAUAUGUUAAAAUGGCGUACACUAUGCAAGGCACGAGAAAACUUCGUGUUCUUAAUUCGGGUCUUUCAUGAAACAUCCCUUCCAUUAUAAGAGAGUUUAAAUUUAAUACAGUUGAAUGCAUCGGAAGUUUUAUCGUGCAUCCUCGGUACGACAACGUACUAAGAUUGCGCUGAUACAUAGUUUGAGUUGUUAACAAACUUUAAUUUGACUGAUGUUGGCGGCUUCGUUAUUGUUUCAUGCAGUGUUUGUGAUACGUUGUAAUAUGUUGUAAUAUGUCGUCCGUGCUAUUUGAUUCACACCUAUCCUAAGUAUUAGAAAAUGUUUGCGUCUCAAACAUUAUAAUAAACCAGUUUUAUUUUA